GGCUGUUGCAAUGUUUCUCUAUUAAUACCAGCGUCCUCAUGUAUAGAAAAUUUGGAUGUCCAAGCCAGCAAGCUCUGCAUAGACUUUGAGGAUCCGCAGGGGUUUUGUGAGAGAGUGACACGGUUGAAAUUGCAGUAUGGUCAUGAAGAGGGACGAGAUAGUUCUGACUUUUUUUUCAAGUUGAUGGUGAAUCUUGGCAAGGCUAAAGGGUUAUGGCAGAGCAUACAGCUCUCAGAAACCUCUCGGCAAUUCUGUUUUGACAAGAACCCCCCAGAAGGCAUGUGCGACUGUCAGCAUUGCGCACAGUGCCUGGGGAAGGAUGACUUUGUUGGGUUUGAGAGGCUCGCAGCAAUUCCACAGAGUUGAGCUGAGCAGUGAUUAAGGGAACUUAGGGAAGGGCCUUGUGAAUUGACUCAAAUAGCAGUAUGAGCGUGCUCACUGGCACUCUUAAGGAUCUGGAGCAGGCGCAUGUACAACACUCAUGAAGAGUCAACUCAUGAUCAUGAUUAGAUACUCAAGAGCUUCCAAGGGAUUUUGCACGGGGUUCCAAUUGUGUUUCGUUUCUUUACAUUAAGGAUUCCCAUCUUUGUCUGCAAGGCACAUGAGGUUGCUGUGCAAGGUAUUUGUGCAUUACGCAUGAAACUCACAAGUUUCCAUUUACAGUUCUUGAAAGAUCUGUCAAAUUU